UUGUAUACUUUUUCCUUAUUUCUCCAUUUCACCUCCCUAUAUUUUCCGAAUCCAGCUAUUCCUGGAAGCCUUAUCUCACUUACGCCCCACCUUACUGGCGUUACCCGCCCGCCCACUCCCUUACCUCUUGCCCCCCUUAGGCCUAUACUCCCAUCGCCCCAUUUAAAACCUCCGGCUAGCAUUGCCUUAGGUCGAACGAAUGCGCCUUGUUCUGGGCCUCAAGGCCUCGAGUUGAGUCCUAGCAAUUUGACCAACAUCGUUAACAACACUUCUUCACUGGCAACAGUAAGUCGGCGGUCCGUACAUAAAGCCUGUCUGAGUACCUCUCGUCUGAUCGAACCUGGGAGUGUUCAGUUAGGAUCAGUUUCAUCACCCUCUGCUUCUCCACAACCACAGCUGCCACUUCCACCGCACGCCCCACCCCCACUCCAACCUAUGCAGCUUGAUCCAAAUUUUGAUGCAGCUAUUCAGAAAGCCACUACUCGGCUACGAGGAUUAGAUUCUGAGGUGGCAGAAGUAAAAAAAAAGCUCUUUCACUUCGAGGAUGAACUCAAUCUCCUUAAUGCUGAAAUCCAUCGGCAAGAAGCUAUCAGAGACCUUGGUUCUCGUUCCAUUGCCUAUCCUUAUUCACUCGUCCGUCCAACUGCAAUAACUACUCCCAGGUUUCCUGACUCUGUUAUGGCAGGAGCUUCACCAAAGUCAUCAGCUGCACUUGGAUUUUCCGAUACUUUUGUAAAGCCCGAACAUACUUGUCCCCCUACUUCUACUCGCACUGACUCAGCUGACGAAGGCAUGGCGCAUUUAGUCAGCCUUCCGCGCUGGUUGCCGGAGAUCAAUUGUUAUGCCUGGCCACCAACUGUGCCUUCUGUGCGGACAUGCUAUAGUCAUCUAUGGCCUGACCUCGAAAAAAGUUCAGAUCAUACUCAUGAGGAGCCUAUUGUUACAAAAUCAUCUGAUGGAAUCCAACCAGACGUGAAACACGUCGCCGAUCCUUUCGAAAGCCUUACCAAACAGGUUGGUCUUUAUCAUAACCACUUUAAUUAUUCAUCCACUUCUUUACUAUUAUGA